CCGAUUCUGAAUAUUCGCCAACGCAGCAUGGACGCGCUCCUCGGCGAUACGCAUGUGUGGGCGACGAUCCUCGGCUACGUCCAGCGCCACGACGUUGCCAUGAUGGCCUGCGUGAACAAGACGUGGUCCAAGGCCGUGGCGCGGCCGCAGGUGUGGGAAGUGCUGGCGCAGGCGCCGCGCGGCCCGUUCCUCGCGUCCUGCUUUCGCCGCGCCUCGUCGUACGCGUACCGCGAGACUGAUGUGCCGGCGCCGAAUGUCAAUCGCCGCGGCGCGCCGCCAACGAUCCGCGGCUGUCUCCUGAGCGACCGCUCGACGCUCAAAGAUUACAUCAACGAGCUCCGCGCCAUGUACUACGAGACGCAGAACCUCGCCAAGACGCCCGUGUACCUCGCGGUGCCGGACGCCCUCUACGAUGACGCGGCCAGUGUUCGGACCGACCGCCCGUUCACGCGUGACGAGUGGCGCCGCGCGGCCUUCCAGUCGGUCGCGCUCAUUCAGAGUCCGAGCAGCCCGCUUGCGACACACGUGCUUACCGGCACGAUCCUGCAUGACACGGCCUUCUUCUACCUCUGGCACCUCAAGGAAGCUCGGAUCGUUGCGACCAUCUACCAUGCGCUCGCCACGUGCUUUGACACGUGUGCGAAGAUGCUCGUCAUUGGUGCUUCCGACGGCACGGUCAAGACGUGGGACCUGGCGGCCGCCGUGACCGCGAAAACGACAUCGCCUGUCCGCGGAUUGGCCCCGACAUCGACCCUCGCACCGCGCUCGCACAUUGGCCUCGCGCCGUUCCUACCGACGCGCGCCAACCAGCGGCACAAGCCCGUCAAAGUCCAAGUCGACGUGAGCGAAGGCUCGUUUGUGUUUGUGGCUGCCACGUACGAAAAAGGCGACGUGUCGGUGUGGAAUGCGACCAAGGCCGAGCUCACGACGUCGCUCUCGGUCGACAGUAUCCACAAGUCGACGCUGCCACGGGCCGCCCGGACGCCCGCGCCGCAAGUCACAAGCCUCAUGCUCUUCCGCAACACGCUUGUGUGCGGCACGUCGGUCGGCCUCGUUCGGGUCUUUGAUACGCGCGACGCACGGCUGAGCCACCGCAUCAGUGGCCACCCCGAUGCAAUUGUCAAGACACUGACGCGCGGCCGCGUGCUCUGGAGUGCCGGUCGGGACGGUUCGGUGCGCUGGUGGGGCGGCAAGUCACCCAAGGUCCUCCCCAAGUCGCUCCUCUGCGAAGGCCCCGUGUCCCAUCUCGAGAUGGACGAGUCGGUGGUUGUCGCGGCGUAUGGCACCAAGGGCAUGCAGGCGUGGGACGUGCGCACGCAGCAGCCGCUCACCACCUUUGGCGCGACCGACGGCGUCGAUUCCGUCGUGUUUGACAAGCGGAAGCUCGUGAGUCUCUCGCCGCAAGGUGUCGUGCACGUCUGGCGUUGGUUUGGCUUGUACCCGGUCCACACCUUCCCGACGCAGCAUGUGUACACGGCGGUCGCUCAUGACGAACGCCACCUCGUGCUGGGGACCACCGACGGCGCUGCCGUGCUCUACCGCAUGGAAGGUAUUCCGUCCAAGAAGCCGCCGGGUGCCCUCUACGACUACUAGCUUAAUAGAUCGAUUGACGAUAUACUCCAAUAUAAAAAUGACAACCUCGACACGGCCCAGCAUUUUGUGUAAGCCGCCCUCUGUCC